AUGAUGGAACCUUCAAUGAUGUCUACAGAUAUGGAAGCCGAAAGCUUGAAUGACAAUCAGUUUGCGGUAGCUUUCCACCAAGUCAAGCCAGGCCACACAGCGGUCCGAAACGGACACAACAUCAUCGUAGCCGGUGGCUGCGACGUUACCAGGAACGUGCAGAAGUGUUACAACGACGUGUGGAAGCUAGACACUACCCGUCUGCGGUGGACCCUCCUUUCCGGGUCUCACCCUCGCUUCGGCGCCCGCGAACUUCACACAGCUCACCUGACAAGUGGGGGAAGAAUACUGCUUAUCGGCGGACAGAAGAUGUUGGCGCGCGAUUACCAGGAUGUCGUAAUGUUUAAAAGCGAUAGUUGCGGGGGAACUCCGUCCUGUUCAGGAAACGGUACUUGUAUAAACGGUAGCUGCUCCUGCAACAGUGGCUGGGCGUCUCAAGACUGUGGCGAGGCGAAACAUGCUACUCUGGGAUGCUAUGCCCUGGUUCCGGAUUCAGAGGGGACUGCAACGGAAAUGGAACUUGUCAGUCAAACGGGAUGUGCGAAUGCAAGGACAGCGUGUGAUAUUCCGACAGAGCUCAGCUCGCGCGUGACUGGUCGGAAAGAUGAGAAGCAGGAGAAGCACUUGAGCCAGCUCCCGAAUUUGUAUGCUAAACAUCAAAUGGGCGGCGGACCUCCAGUUGGCCGCUACAGCACACUGUGUCAUCCAGGUAUUCCUGCGGCUAUCGAUGCGCUUCGUGCGGAUAUUCCCGGCAUGCCGAGGACGAACAUGCCGGUUUCCGAAACGAAAAUGCAGCCACCACACACAAGCAUGCGAUCCCAAAGAUUGCCGACCCCUCUCCCGGACCUCCCGCCCUACGGUGCUGCCACAGCCUACGUUUCAGCUGCCACGAAAGUUGUAGUCGGCGUUCUGAGCCUCCUAGGAGGUAGUGCUGCAGUCUCAGUAAUAUACGCCAUCAACCACGGCAGAACGUGA